AGGCGUUAAUAUGAUUGGUCGAGGGUGGUUGCGCGGUUACCAUAUACACGAAUACUCAUGAGAGGACUGAAGAGGAAUGUUAGAUGUAUAUUUUAAAUGUUAAAAUAUUAACGUGUGGGUUGUUUUGUUCCUCUCACACGUCUGGUGAGAUCAAAGUUUAGUGGUCUGGAAAGUGGAGCUGGUCACAAAUCUAGGCACAUAUGGGAUCAGCAUGCCUUUUUUAAAGAAACCCCGGACUACUGAACCACUUGUAAAGCAAUGGGACAAAAAAGCCCAAAAAUGUGGACUGCUCCACACAGUCUAUUCAGCCAAUGGAGAUCGGUACAGAGGCGAGUGGUUGAACAAUGAGAAACAUGGAAAUGGAAUGCAAGUUUGGAAGAAAACAGGAAUAAUCUAUGAUGGGGAGUGGAGUUGUGGAAAGCGCCAUGGGUACGGACUGCUCACCAAGUUUCACCCUGAGCAGAAAGAGUAUGUGAGGGUGUAUGCAGGUGGCUGGCAAAAUGACAAGAAAGAGGGUGUUGGGACGUAUUUCUACAGUCCAUUGGCUUUCUAUGAAGGCCAUUGGAGUAAAGAUCAGAGAGCUGGAUGGGGGAGAAUGCAGUAUGAAAAUGGAGAAGUCUAUGAAGGCGAAUGGCUGAAGGAUAAGCAUGAUGGACAGGGCGUACUGCUUCUUGCAAAUGGAAACCGUUACGAGGGCGCGUGGCGGGAUGGAAAGAAGAAUGGCCAUGGCAAGUUCUUCUAUCUGGAUAGAGGUCAGCUGUACGAAGGCCUUUGGGUCGACGGCGUUGCAAAAUCUGGAACAUUGUCUGAUUUUGGAAGAGAAGCAGCACUUAAUCCAACUAUGUAUCCGAUUCCCAAGGUUUGCUUAAUAGAUGCAGAGUCUGUACUGAUGGAGGCACAAUCAUAUUUCACUGAGGAUUAAGGAAAAUCAACAACGGGCAGUUUUCCAUAAGCUGUACGGCUGCUAGACAGUAUGUACCAGGACAGUAUUCUGUUUCCUGAACUGAAAAUCUUGAUGUUUAUUACCCUUUCCAUUUAUAUUAAAAACCUCUUACACAAA